GGCUUUAGCAUUCACGUAAUUCACCGGGGCUGGGCGCGCGGUACUCCUCGGUGUCUACGGCGCGCCCUCCCCUCUCCCGCUCCCUCUCCUGCUUCCCGGCUCGAGCAUUUCGGUAGCCGUCAGCUAGCGGCUGAAUAGCUCGCAGCAGGGAACGGAAGUCGGUCCGUAAGGUGGAGCACGCACAGGGGAGAGGAGGGAGAGAGGAGGGAGAGAGGAGGAGACGACGACGACGGAGUCACGCACUGUCACUGAAAGAGGAGGCGCAGCCGGACAGAGAACUGAGAGAAGAGGGAGCCUUCCUGCCACAGGUUUGGCUUUCUCUGUUCAUCAUGGCAGACAACGUGAAUGGUUCGCUUGCGGCUCCGCUCGUUGUGGGCGGUGUGAAGGUCGUUCCUCAUCAUGAAAACUAUGGGGAUAUCCAUCCGCCGGUGAGAGCGAAGAACAUCGAGGAGCUUCACUCUCUUCAGAAGACAUCGCCUUUCAUCUCGUCUUCUCAAGCUGCUCUGGCGUCGCAGUCCAUCAGCAGCUCGUUGGCCUCGAUCUCCCACGGCAAGCAAGGCCCUCAUGUGGCCACGUCCGGCAAGAUCGUCCAUCACCUCCGGCCCAUACUUAGCGACAGUGAGCUGAAGGUGACCCAAGUGCUGCACAACCUGUCUCCCGCGGAGCUGUACGAGGAGGCGAUCAAGUACGAGACGGGGUCGUACAUCACUUCGACGGGCGCCCUGGGCACUCUCUCGGGAGCCAAGACCGGUCGUUCGCCCAGGGACAAGCGCGUCGUCAGGGAGGAUCUCACCUCCGACGACCUCUGGUGGGGUGAGGGGUCGCCGAACAUUGAGAUGGACGAGGAGACGUUCUUGAUUAACCGCGAGAGAGCUGUCGAUUACCUCAACUCGUUGGACAAGGUGUACGUGAACGACCAGUUCCUCAACUGGGACCCGAAGAACAGAAUCAAGGUGCGCAUCAUCACUGCACGGCCGUACCAUUCGCUCUUCAUGUACAACAUGUGCAUUCGGCCGACGCCUGAGGAGCUGCGGGACUUCGGCGAGCCGGACUUCACGAUCUAUAACGCCGGCAAGUUCCCUUGCAACCGCUUCACCAACUACAUGACGUCGUCCACCACGAUCAACAUCCAUCUGAAGAGGAGAGAGAUGGUCAUUCUGGGCACGCAGUACGCCGGCGAGAUGAAGAAGGGGCUGUUCGGGCUGAUGAACUACCUGAUGCCGAAGAGGGGUAUCUUGUCCCUGCACUCGGGGUGCAACGUGUCCAAGGACGGCAAGGUGUCGCUCUUCUUCGGGCUGUCGGGCACGGGCAAGACCACUUUGUCGGCGGAUCCGAACAGGUUCCUCAUCGGCGACGACGAGCACUGCUGGAGCGACGACGGAGUGUCGAACAUCGAGGGAGGAUGCUACGCCAAGUGCAUCGACCUGUCCAAGGAGAAGGAGCCGGACAUCUGGAACGCGAUCCGCUACGGCACGGUCCUGGAGAACGUGGUGUUCGACGAGCACACGCGGGUGGUGGACUUCACCGACAAGUCGGUGACCGAGAACACCCGGGCGUCCUAUCCCAUCGAGCACAUCGCUAACGCCAAGAUUCCGUGCGUUGGCCCGCACCCGAACAACGUCAUCCUUCUGACGUGCGACGCCUUUGGCGUGUUGCCGCCUGUGAGCAGGCUGACGCUGGCGCAGACCAUGUACCACUUCAUGAGCGGCUACACGGCGCUCGUGGCCGGCACGGAAGAAGGCGUGAAGGAGCCCAAGGCGACCUUCUCCGCGUGUUUCGGCGCCGCGUUCAUCAUGUGGCAUCCGGCCAAGUACGCCUCCAUGCUGGCGGAGAAGAUGCAGCAGCACGGCGCGACGGCGUGGCUCGUCAACACCGGCUGGGUCGCAGGAAGCUACGGCACCGGCUACAGGAUGCGCCUGUCCCACACGCGCAAGAUCGUCGAUGCCAUUCACGACGGAUCCCUGCUGCAUGCAAAGUACCGCAGGACGGAGGUGUUCAACCUCGCCGUCCCGGAUCAUGUCCACGGUGUACCGGACGAGGUGCUGAUCCCGCAGAAUAUGUGGGCAGACAAGCGCUUAUACGACAGCACCCUCAGGAAGGUCGCCGGGCUUUUCAAGACCAACUUUCUCAAGUUUGAAGACUACACUGUCGGGGGCGACAAGAAGCUCACUCAGGAAAUAUUGUCGGCCGGGCCACAGAUCUAGAGGGGGGGGGGGCUUCAGAUCCCGACGAAUGGUAUGAGCCUCUGAGGCAUGGAAUCCCGGUACGUAAACGGCCAGAGCAAGAGUCUCAGAGCGAGGCGAGCGUGGGUGACAUGCAUUCCCACUCCGUAGAAAGCUGGAUGGGUGGUCGCACGUGACACGUGGGGAGCUCGCCUGCUCUCUCCCAUUGUGUCGUCGUCUUCACACCCUUUGCACUACACACAUAUCACGCACGGCCCCAUCGGUGGCGGGGGCUCGCACAUUUGACGUAUCGUCGUGUCUUGCCAACCGGGGACUUACAGGGUCCCAGUUUGUGGAGCGACGGCUAGACUCGCGAGAGCUUGCGCAGAGCAUCAAAUUUCAAAGAAUCAAAGGCUCAACAAUUCGCUUCGCGGUGCAGGUGCUGCUUUUUCUGUGGACAAAUUUCUGCCAACCGUCGAUUCUGUAACUGUAUAGUAUCUUUUUUUCUAAACUUUAAGUUGUUUUAUAUCUUGCUCCUGUUCUGCAGAGCUAUUUUCCUUCCACUUCGAAUGCCACUUAAAAAUUCUUUCUGAUCAACGCGUUAGUGAUCUUGGGUGAAGUAGUACCCGUUGGGCCGUUGGAGGUGGUUGGCGCUCUGGGAGUUAAAUACUGGCACACAUUGUUCGUUUCCCGAGAAAUGGACUGUAUUAUCCUCGGCGCCCCUUUUCGAAGUGUGAUUUCUUGUUGUAACCCCCCGCCCGUUUGUCUUUUUUUCUUCCGUCUUCGUACUCCUCCUCCUCCUCCUCCUCCUCCUCCUCUUUCGUCUUGUUCUGGAUUCUUCUUCUUCUUCUUCUUCUUCUUCUUCUUCUUCUUCUUCUUCUUCUUCUCUUUUUUGUUCUCUUCUUCCUUUAUGGAAGGAUUGGUCUGAUUGGUCAUGAAACUAGCUUCUUCUUCUCCUCCGUGUAUGACUUUUUCUUCUUCAUUUGUGCAAGGAUUGGUUAUGAAAACUAUCUCUGGGCUUCUCCGACGAUUCUGUCUGGGCUUCCUGUUCAUUGCGACCUUUUCUUAUUGCUCUCUUGGCGAGGGAUUAUCCAGAAGGACCAGAAGUCUGUCCUCUUUAUUCUGCAGGCUCUCUGUUUGUAUACUGGUUGACGUCAACUGUUUUACCUCUUUCGCG